AUGGCAGCUACUAUGGCUACAUCAAUGGCCAUCCUCAGCCCCAAAAGCUUCGCCGCCACAAACCCUAAAACCCCAAACCCCUCGAAGCCAGCGAAGCAAAUCCCCCUUUUCUCCAUCCAAACCCUAACCAAGGGCCUCUCCUCCUCCUCCACUGCCGCGCAGCCCACCGCCUCCGUCGCGGCCGGAGCCGUGUUCGCCGCCCUCUCCGCCGCGGACCCCGCCCUCGCCGCCCAGCAGCUGGCGGAGAUCGCUGACGGCGGCGACAGCCGCGGCGUCGCGCUCCUGAUCCCGCUGGUCCCCGCAGUCCUCUGGGUGUUGUACAACAUCCUACAGCCGGCACUCAACCAGAUCAACCGGAUGAGGAGCGCCAAGGGGGUGGCGGUCGGGCUCGGACUCGGGCUGAACGGGCUCGCCGCGUCCGGGCUCUUCAGCCCGCCGGAGGCCUCGGCCGGGGAUAUCGCCACCGUGGCGGCGGCAGACAACCGGGGGCAGCUCCUGCUGUUCGUGGUGGCGCCGGCGAUCGUCUGGGUGCUGUACAACAUCUUGCAGCCGGCUUUGAACCAGAUUAACAGGAUGAGGUCAGAUUGA